AUGGCCGGCAGAAUUUUCCUCUGCGUAGUCGUGGGGGUUUACUUUAUGGUGAGGCAAUACCAGCAGCAGCAGCAGCAGCAGCAGCAACAGCAGCAGCAACAACAGGACGGUGCUCCUUCUCCUAAUGCUGCUGCUGCUGUUGGGGCUGCUGCACCUGUUGCUGCUGCACCUGUUGCUGCUGCAACACCUGCUGCCGCGCCUGCUGCGGCAGCGACUGGUUUUGCCGGUAAAGCUGCUGCUGCGAUUGGUGCUGCUGUAACUGUUGCUGCUGUCUUCAGGAUUUGGAUGCGGCCGACUGUCUCCGCCCCUUCGUGGGUAUUGGCGCUGUGCAGGGAGCUGUCUCUUCUUUGCAUCUGCAAUGGCUAUGGCUUAUUUUCUGUUGUUACAACGGGGCGUCUUGAACUUGUCUUAGAGGAGCUGCAUCAGGCACCAGAGCAGCCGCCGCAGUGGAGAGAAAUAUGCUUCCCAUAUAAACCGGGAGAGGUGAACAGCUCUCCUCCUUGGUUGCUGUCUGGCCACUUCCCUCGCUUAGAUUGGCGUCUCUGGUUUAUACCCCUGCGUCUGAAGUCGGCAUUGAAGGGGGCCGUAGCAGGGACUCCGCUGCAGCUGCAGCAGCAGCAGCAGCAGCAGCAAAUGUCUCUCCACGCAUCUUCUUCUGCUGGAGACGCCUCCGCUCAAGACGACGGGCUGCAGCUCUACCCGCCCUUCUGGCGGUCUUUCAUUCAUCAACUCAGCACCAGACAGCCUGCAGUGCUGCAGCUGCUAGGCCCCCAGGGAGAAGAGCUGAAGCAGAUGCCUCCGCCCUUAGCAAUGAAGGUGUCUCUCUAUGACUACCGCAUGACCCCUCCAGAGGGUUUACCCGCCUACGCUGCCUUCUUUCCUCAAGAAGGAUCUGGUCCAUUGGACCAUUGGUCGGUGGUGGAUGCGGAGGAAGCAACACGAUCUUGA